UUGUUCAGAUCCUGGCUCAGCCUGUCAUGGAUACACUGAGCACUCUCGGCUUCCGUAUUCUGUCCUGCGCGGCGAUCGCGAGCUCCGGACGCGCCCGGGCGGACCCCAGCGGGGCGCGCGGCGCUGGCGGGCGGCGGCCUGGCCGCUCCGGCGGGGCGGCCGGCUGGAUUCCGGCCCGGGAGAGACAGACCGAGAGAAAGGGAGGAGGCGGCGGCGGUGGCGGCGGCGGCGAGGGGGAGGGAGCGCGCGGGAGGAGGGGCCGCGGCCGCCGCGAGCGAGCCCGAGAAAGGAGGAAGCGCGGACCCGGGCCCUGCCGACGACCCGGGGGACCUGCUGUGCGAGCUGGGCCCGCGCCUCCCGCACCUAGCCCCCCUCCCCGCAGCUCCGCCCGCGGGGGCGCCCCCUCCCCCCCCCUCCCCGCCACGCGCCGGGCUCGGCCUCCCGGGACCACGUUCGGGUUCCACCCUAGCUACCUGAGCUACGCACCACCGGUAGCUAGCACUGUCCGCAGACGCGGAAACUGA